CGUAUUGGGGUUUUCCUCAAGUGUCUGUUGACAUGGACAUGCGGUUGAAGGGUUCGCGGUUUAUUUAGUUUACUUAGGAACGCGGCAGCUUUUUCUUUCUGGAAGAAGCCGAUAUGGUUACCAUAGGACAGGAGCUGCUGACCGAUGAAUUCGCUGUACCAGAGACCCAGCAGACGCUCCUUAAAGAAACAGUGACGUCUCGCCUACAACGACUCUUCCGGGUUCAUUUGAAUGUUUUCAAUCCUUCAGAGCGCGGCCUACUAGCAGAAGAGAGCCGACAGAUAUGGGUACAGCUGCGAGGGGACAGGGACGCAGUGCGCCGGGCCAAGGAAUAUGUCAAAGGUCUGUGCCAUCCUGAAUUAGAGGAGACUGAGACGUAUCCGAAAGACAUGCACUGCAUCUUCGAUGGUGCAGACAAAUUCUUCCUUCAUGCAAUUCUGCAGGCUAGUAGCGCUGAUGUUCUUGUAGUGCAAACAGGCCUGCUACACAUUCGUGGAACUGCUGAAGCUGUCAUCAUGGCAAAGAGCCAAGUUCAGCAAAUGGUCAAGCUUUUUCAAGAUAGACCAUGCCUACCACCAGAGUUGGACAUAUUGGUUAAAAAAGAUUUUAGAAACUUUGUAGAAUCUCACUCUGAUAAAUAUGCUAUGGAGCUUAUGUUGCUGCCCAGCAGCUUGAAGCAGGAACUCCUAACUCUAAGCCAAGGGACCAUGCCAACAGAAGCAGUCACACUUGUGGCUGCUCAAGCGGACAGGAGUAAGGCUGGCACCCCUGUAACAGAGCUAACCAACCAAAUAUUGGACACUGUACUAAGUGACCCUACCCGAGAACGUCCACCAUGCAAAAGAAGGUCAUCUUCCUGUGAGGAGAGAAGCACUAAGCGUCAGUUUUCUUCAGAGGUAUCCAGCCCUUGUACCUCUUUACAGACAGAUGGAGAUGCCUCAGAGUCUGAUGAUUCUGUUAUGUUUGUGAAUAGCAGUGUAACAAAGGAAGUUAGUCCUGAAACAAAUUAUAAGUGCCUAGUGAACUUUUUCAAAACAAUGGGGUACCAGCAGGAUAUUGUUGUCAAGGUAAUUGAUGAGAUGGGCCAAAUGGCAGAACCUCUUGUACUGCUGGACCGUAUAGCCCAAGAGAGUCUGAGACAGACUGAAUCAUGCAGCAAAGCAAAAGAAAGUCUUAAUCAAGCUGGGUCAAGUAGGGCUUUCAAAACAAGGGACUCCCCAUCCCUGGUAGUGCAAACACAGAGCCCAGAGGAUGUGGAGACAGAUGGUCCUUUUAUUGACUUAACCCAAACAGAACAUAACUUUAUUGCAAGGGGAAACUCAAAGCAGCACAUCACCCAGAAUUCUGUGACAGCAACACACCAAUUAAGGGGAUCGUGCCUAGAACAUCCUAUAGUUUCCCCUCCACUGCAGGGUGCCCCCACAACUGUAACACAUAAGUCUUUCCGCUCAUCAAUAGAGACAAAUGCUUCCCCUGUGACUGGGGACAAACGCUUUAAAGAGUCGCUGAAAACACCUUACAAGCUCAUCCUAGAGAACAAACCAGGUAGAGAGGAGCUGAAGCACAUCAUCAUUGAUGGGAGCAAUGUAGCCAUGACACAUGGGUUGCACAAAUACUUCUCAUGCCGUGGUAUUGCCAUUGCUGUCCAGUAUUUUUGGAGAUAUGGACACAGACAUAUCACAGUUUUUGUUCCACAAUGGAGACUUCGAUAUGAUCCUCUGACUACAGAGAAGCACUUCCUGCAUGAACUGCAAGAAAUGGGGGUGCUAUCACUCACACCAGCGAGAAUGGUCUGUGGAAAGCGAAUUGCAUCCCAUGAUGACAGGUUUCUGCUACAUUUGGCUGAAAAAACUGAUGGGAUCAUAGUAACAAAUGACAAUCUGCAAGAAUUUCAGCAUGAGUCUGAAUCUUGGAAGAAUAUUAUCAAAAACAGACUUUUGCAAUACACAUUUGUGGAGGACAUAUUCAUGGUACCAGAUGACCCUUUGGGAAAGCAUGGGCCAAGGCUAGACACAUUUCUGUGUAAAGACUCCAGGUGUAAUACCCAGCUGGAGCCUCGAGGCCAGUUUCCAUUUCUACCCAGGCAAAUUCAGACUCCAGUUCCUUCACAGCACCAUGCCAGUUCUGCCUCUGCUCAUUACCCCAUCCAGAAGUUUCCCCCGGAGAAUCCUGGUCCACCAACACGAUCUGCCCUUGAGACAAAAGGACUCCGGCAGCAGUUGUAUGACAUUUUUCCUGAACAAAAGCAGAAGAUUGACAGUGUUCUUUCCGCACACCCCUAUAUGCGGGACUUAAACGCACUUUCUGCUAUGGUGCUGGACUAGCAGAAUCCCAUUUGUUAGUGAACAUCUGGAGUGGCCUUGUUUUCUUUAAGGAAGACACUCUGUCAUGUUGUUGUUAAUCUUGAUCACUUGUUAAUUUGGAUUUACCUAAAGUAAUAUUUUUUUUUAUUUUAAUUUAUUAUUGAAAUAUUUGCUUAUUUGCACCACUGGCUAACUUGCUGUCUGCGGACAGUAGUUCUGUUACUCUAAUUUAAGCCCUUAAGGUGGCGAAUGUUCCUGCAUACCCACUUAAGUUCAUCAUUGCAGGUGUAAAGUAAAGUGAUAAGUAAUUACAUUAAUUGCUCACUGUUUAUCUUCUGCUUCACAUGGGAAGCAAUGUGCCAAACUAAGUGGCAUUUUUGGUGACUCUGGGGACAAAACGCAGGUGGUUAUCCACCUCUUUGGAAACUAACAUCACGUUUGCAGCAUAACCAAUGUAUAUUAUUCAGAGAAAAUUACACACAAGGGUCAAUGUUUCUAUUUGAUUCUUUGAUGAGGAGAAUAAAACUUUCAGGCUAACAUGAACCAAAUAACUAGAUCUGGCAUAGUGCCCUUAUAUGUUACAGUACAUCAGUCAUUCCUAAGGUCACUUCCUGGAGACCACUGUGGCCACAUUCAUCGUCCGUGAGUUAUUUGACCACUAAUGGAUUUCAUUGCUUAAUAAGCUGGUCUUUCUUCUUCUUUGUCUGCAUUGAGAAAAGCACAGCAGUGUGAGAUUUACAAUUAUAAUACAU